UGACUGGACAACGUGAAAUUGGAGCAUAUAUAAAGCUUCAGACAACUAAAAUAAUUAGACUGGCAUACGUUUUACUUGUUUGCGGACCAUGGCACAUCGUCUAAGAAUGACGGCGCUGGCGUACCUUUUGGUCGCCGUAGCAUUAAUUGUUCCUGCCGCUUUGGGACAAGGGCAUGGAUGCGAUGACGACUAUCAAGAAGAUGGGGACAGAACAGGAUGUCCAGGAUCUAGUCAUGACACUGUGGAAGAAAGUUGUCAUCUCUUAAACUGUACCUGGUGUCCAACCGUCCCCGACACGCCAAUCCCGUGGUGUUAUGUUUCCAAAGUGGGAGUGGGUUACGUAAUGGUGGGAGAACCCAUUAAUUCACCUGGUGGAGUUCGAGUUGAACUCCAACGGUCUGCAGGUCGAACUCGAUGGGACAAUGAAGCAGAGAAUUUGGUUCUGGAAGCUGAAUUUCAGUCAAAUGGGCGAUUGCGAGUGAAGAUAACUCCAGCCACAGGGCCACCUCGGUUUGAAGUGCCAAUUGAAAUCCUUCCACCUGCCGAAGGGAACCAAGACCCACUUUAUGAACUUCAAUUUGAAAAUUCCCCCUUGUUUUCUUUCAAAGUGAUUCGAAAAGCAACGGGUACCGUGCUAUUUGACACGACCGUCGGACAAAAGAAUUUCGUAUAUGCAGACCAGUAUCUCAGCCUGACCUGGAGUCUGCCCAGUGAAAAUGUGUACGGAAUUGGCGAAAAUGAGCAAACCAGUUUCAAACAUGACUUUAGUGCAAAUAAGAGAUAUCCGUUGUGGGCUAGAGAUCACACACCGGAGGGCACAGUCAACAUUUAUGGAGUCCAGCCUUACUACACGGUUCUUGAAACCGAUGGAAAUGCACAUUCUGUGGCACUCGUGAAUGCUAACGCUCAAGAGUUUACUAUGCGCCCGGGAGGUUCUAUAAAUUAUAUUACAAUUGGCGGUGUUCUAGAUUUUUACUUCUUCUUGGGACCAUCUCCCGAGAAUACAGUUCAACAGUAUACAGAGGCUGUGGGUCGUGCUCCUAUGCCUCCAUAUUGGGGCCUUGGCUUCCAGCUUUGCCGCUAUGGGUAUGAUUCGAUUGCCAACAUGAGAGCCGCUGUUGACCGCACAGAGCAAUACGAUAUCCCCCACGACGUCCAGUAUGGUGAUAUUGACAUUAUGCUUCGGCGUCUCGACUUCACGUAUGACCCAGUUAGAUUUAACGGUCUACCGGAAUACAUCCGAGAGCUCAAAGCAAAAGGAAUUAAAUUCGUUACGAUUUUGGAUCCUGCUAUUAGUAUUGGUGAGCCCCCAGGAUCUUACGAAACCUUUGACUUAGGCCAGACGAUGGACGUCUGGGUAAAGAGGGCUGAUGGAACGCCAACCCAAGGAAAGGUUUGGCCAGAUCCGCCCGUCUAUUUUCCUGAUUAUUCAUCAGAAUCCACAAAGGAAUGGUGGAUCUAUCUCAUCAAGGAAUUUCAUAACCUUCUGGAAUACGAUGGUCUCUGGAUUGACAUGAACGAACCUGCAAAUUUCAUUGACGGAGAUGUCAACGGAUGUCCUGGAAAUUCUCUCAACAGUCCACCCUAUGUUCCACCAAUUUUUGGAGGUACUCUGUGGUCCUUCACCCUUUGUGCGGACAGUGUCCAAGCUGCUGGAGUUCACUAUGAUGUUCAUUCUCUGUAUGGGUGGUUCCAAUCCGAACCGACGCUAAUAGGUACUCAGGAAGGGACAGGGAAGCGUGCAUUAGUAUUGUCAAGGUCAACCUUCCUUGGAUCCGGCCGCUGGGCUGCGCAUUGGCUUGGAGACAACUUUUCGCGAUGGUCGAACCUUCAUUUUUCAAUCAUUGGAAUGCUUCAAUACAAUCACUUUGGCGUCCCUUUGUCUGGUUCAGACAUUUGUGGAUUUAAUGACAAUACUACUCCGGAAAUGUGUCAAAGAUGGGGGCAACUCGGUGCCUUCUACCCGUUUUCGAGAAACCACAACGCCAUCUUCAACCAAGACCAAGAUCCAGGCUAUUUUGGUCCAGCUGUAGCUAAUUCAACGAGGACCGCAUUGAGGAUUCGAUACAACCUACUUCCAUAUUUAUACACUUUGUUUCAUCUUCACCAUACUCGGGGGGAUACCGUCGUUAGGGCAUUGUGGCACUUGUUUCCCACGGAUCAAGUGGCCAGCGGAAUUGAUAAACAGUUCUUGUGGGGCACUGGAUUACUUAUUUCUGCAGUUUUGGACGAAGGUCAAACCUCUGUUCAAGCAUAUUUCCCAGAUUCAAGAUGGUUCAACUAUUACGAUGGAAUGGAGGUUCAAACCCCAGGACAGACUGUUCAAUUGCAAGCUCCAUUGGAUUACAUUCCUCUGCAUGUUCAUGGAGGUAACAUCCUACCCACACAGGAUCCUGAGAGAACUACCCUUUUGGCCAGAAACAAUCCAUUCGGGCUAAUCAUUGCCUUGGACGAGAAUCAGUCUGCACAAGGAACUUUGUUCUACGAUGAUGGAGGAGAUACUAUUGAUUCGCAUACGGUUGGUAACUACUAUUUGGCCGAGUAUGAAUUCUCCAAUGGAACUUUGACCGGCACGGUUGCUCAAAAUGGAUACGCGGAAAUGGCCACUAAAAGGUUGGAUACCUUGAGACUCAUGGGUCAUACCCCGUUCAGACUAAUGUACGUUAAUGGAAACCCUUGGUUUGAUUACACCGUAAAUGGAGCCACCGGCGAGGUCACAGUGUUGCAUUUGCAACUACCAAUGAACUUGGCUUUUACUGUUAGAUGUGAGCCCUAAACAUCUUUUUUAAAUGAUGUAGAUUUAAUUUUUAAAUAUUGACACGAUAUUAAAUGUAAUUGAUUGUAUACCAAA